UCAUCUCUUCCUCCGGCGACGAUGUCGAUUUACAGGAUCGCUAGAGCCUUACCCUUCUCCGGGAUCUUAAGGCAGCUUGAGCAAGAAGCUGAAACUGUGAUCAAUGUUCUGCAACCUGGACCUUUGGGAAUCAUAGAGCACAAGUUCUCGGCUCAAGAGAUUCGAGAGGCAAAAGCUACAGUGUCUAGAGCAGUUGAUAAUUGGCGAAGACAUUCUGAGGUUGAGCAUGCAAAUGGCCUUUUAAAAGAUUACAUUUACAAGUGAGAAGUGAGUAAGAAUCUCUACUUUUGUUCUCUUGUUUGUUUCAUUGCUGAUGAUGAAUAAAGGCCUUUCCUUUUGUUGAACAAUCUUUAGAGAUCAAUGAAAAAGCAAAUCUUUC